AUGAGUUUAAUUCCAGAAUUGUCCUAUGGUGUAGUUAAUGAUCCGUUAAUUGUUCUGAUCUCCCGACCAGUGACCACCAUUGUUGUUGCUCGUUCCUCUCUCUCCAUUGCUGCUGUUGCUACUCAUUUUUCUCUCUCUCCAUUGCUGUUGCUUGUCUAUUCAUUCUCAGUUAAAAGAAAAGGAGAGAAACCAACUGAGGGAGAAACUAGUAAAAGAGCUAAGGUGCAAACACCAUUAGAUAAACUUGUGACUGCUAUUUGUCAAUCAACAAAUGAGGAAAGAGUUAGUGAAAGUAGGGCUUCAGAAAGAGAGGAAACCCACGAAACCUUUGUUGGGCAUGAAGAAGAAAGUGAUAAAAAUGAACAAAGUGAAGAAACUAGAGAAGAAAGUGAAAAAGAUGAUGAAAAAUCUGCUGAAGGAGAUGAAGAAAAUGAAGAAAAUGCUGAAGGAGAUGAAGAAGAAGGAGAUGAAAAAGAAGUAAGUGAAGAAGAGGGAGAUGAAGAAGAAGAAGAUGAAGGGGAUGAAGGAGCUGAAGGGGAUGAAGGAGGUGAAGAAGAAGCAGAAACUGAAAAUGGUAAUGGAGAAGAAGAAGAAGAAGAAGAAGAAGAAGAAGAAGAAUCAACAGAUCAGAUCUUGGCUGAGUUAAGAAGAAAAAGGAAACAUAAUGUGGAUGCCAAUCUUGUUGAGUCUUCUAGUAUUGCCAUAGAUCCCAAUAGACCUUCGAUUGAGGAGGUCGUCAAGAGUUUCAGCAUUGAAAAGUACGGCGUGACGAUGCCGCUGAAUGGAAAUAAGGAUUUGUCUGGUGAUUUUGUGGUUAGAUCAACUAUGGGCAAGGGCUUUGACACCUUCAGGGGCAUUCUCCGGCAGCAGGGGUUGGAGAAUUUCUUUAGGGCUAGCUGCUUUGGGCUCUAUUUAGAUUUGCCUGAAGAUACUAGUGCCCGAUUUCAAAUGACAAUGGUUUUUGAGCUUUUGAAGCGUAAGAUUAUUUGUGAUAGAAAGGAUGAGAUUUGGAUCAAUUACUGUGGCAUGCCAGUUUGCUUUGGCAUGAAGGUGUUUGCCAUAGUUAACGGAUUGAGAUGUUAUCCUUAUGAGCCUCUUCCUACUGUUGUAUUAACCAAGCCAGCCCAGACGCCCAAGGCAGACAAGAAAGCGAAGGGUUUCAAAGCUAAGAAUAAUGUCUCUUUGGUAAACUUAGUGGGAAAGAGCUACACUCAAAAUAAAUUAUUGCAAGACUUGGAGUCCAAAACUUUCUCAAAAAAGCACAAGGAGGCACUGUGCUUAGUUUGGUUUGUGCAUAGUGUUCUUUGGGCAAGAGACGUAAACUACAACAUAUCGCUUGGAUUGAUUAAACUUGUUGAGGACUAUGAUGCCUUCAACAGCUAUGCCUGGGGUUUUCAAAGCUUUAGCUUGACUGUUGAAUAUUUGAUGAAGGAUUUGAAGCCAACGGGGAAGACACAAAACCUAUAUGGCUUCCCUUGGGCUUUCAUGGCUUGGGCAUUUGAAGUCAUUCCUCACCUCAGGCAUCAAGUCAAGGAAUACUCCAAAGAAGUUACCUAUCCAAGAAUUCUUAGAUGGCUCACUGCCAGGAACAACACAAAAUUGAGUGUUGACCUUUUCAACCCCCCUAAGGAAGCUGUUGUGAACUCAUGGCUUGUCCCAACAAUAAGAGAGUUGGAGAUGCCAUGCCUUGUCACCUUUGUGCCCAUAGAAUCUGUGCCUGACAGACUGAUUGAUGGGUUCAAAGGGGAAUUGGCUGGAGUGACAGCCAUCACUAGGGUUGAUGAUGUUGUAGCUGGUGGUGGUGGUAAUGUUGCUGGUGGUCAUGUUAUUGUUGGUGCUGGUGGUGAUGUUGCUGUUGAUGCUGUUGGUGGUGCUGAUGCUGUUGGUGGUGCUGAUGCUGUUGGUGGUAGUGUUCAGCCUGUUGAUGUUAUUAGUGGGUGGUGGUGAUGAUGUCCCAGCAAGUAUUGCUGGGGAAAAAUUAAGAGAUGAUGAUGCUAAUAUUGGUGGAUUUACCCCAGUUCCUGGAUUGAGUGAUUUUUCCAGAUUUGGUGGUAAUUUUAGUAGUGGUGG